AGAGUUCCUCUUGCUAGCUCGGUGAGCCUGCAGUGCCAGCAUGGGAUCAGGCUCUUCAUCCUACGCCCCCAAAACCAUCUACCUGGACGUGGAUGGCAAAGUACAGAAGGUGUUGUUCAGUCGUCACUGCAGUCCAUGUGACAUUAAAGAGCUCUUGUGUUCCUCUUCCAACAUCUCCAGGACCACAGCUAUAAUGUUGGUGGACCCUGAGGGAGCUCUAGUAUCCAUCGAUACAACAAUGCCCACCAACUCUCCCAAUUCUCUAUAUAAAGUUGUUCCCCUAUCCACGGGUCAGCUGGGAGAGAAAGAAGACAUGUUUCAGAACGUGUUAUCACAGGUGGCAGAGCAGUUCAGCAGGGCCUUCAAGAUCAAUGAACUGAAAACUGAAGUGACCAAUAGGUUGGCUAUGUUGGAGAAGAGAGUGGAGCUGGAGGGCCUGAAGGUUGUGGAGAUUGAAAAGUGCAAGAACGACUUAAAGAAGCUGAGAGAUGAGAUGACUUCCAGAGGAGGAGGAAGAGUGAAUUGUCCGUGUAAGUAUAACUUCUCGGACGAUGGAAAGAAAUUAACCCCUAGACGUGAUGUGCCCAGCUAUCCAAAGUACACACUCUCUCAGGAGACUAUUGAAGCUCUGAAGAAGCCGACCUUUGAUGUCUGGCAUUGGGAGCAUAAUGAAAUGCUCAGUUGCUUGGAAUACAUGUACCAUGACUUAGGCUUGGUGAAGGAGUUCAACAUGAACCCCAUUACACUCAAACGUUGGCUGCUUGCUAUUCAAGAGAAUUACCGUAGCAAUCCAUUCCACAACUUCCGCCAUUGCUUCUGUGUGAGCCAGAUGAUGUAUGGCAUGAUUCACCUCUGCAACCUUCAGGAAAAGCUCACACUGACAGACUUGGGCAUUUUAAUGACUGCUGCAGUAUGCCAUGACUUGGACCACCCAGGCUACAAUAACACGUACCAGAUAAAUGCACGCACCGAGCUAGCCGUACGUUACAACGACAUCUCUCCUUUGGAGAACCACCACUGUGCUGUGGCCUUUCAGAUCCUCGCUUUGCCCGAGUGUAACAUCUUUGCCAAUGUGGACUCUGAAGCAUUUAAACAGAUCCGUCAGGCAAUCAUCACCUUGAUUUUGGCUACUGACAUGGCCAGGCAUGGAGAGAUCCUGGACUCUUUCAAGCACAAAGUGGACAAUUUUGACUUCACCAAUGAGGAACAUGUAACCUGUCUGAAGAUGGUCCUGAUCAAAUGUUGUGACAUUUCCAAUGAAGUCAGGCCGACAGAAGUUGCAGAGCCAUGGGUAGACUGUCUUCUGGAGGAGUACUUCAUGCAGAGUGACAGAGAGAAGUCUGAGGGUCUACCUGUUGCUCCGUUUAUGGACAGAGACAAAGUGACCAAGCCCACAGCUCAGAUUGGCUUCAUUAAGUUUGUCCUCAUCCCCAUGUUUGAAACAGUGAUGAAGCUGUUCCCACAGAUCGAGGAGAUCAUGGUACAACCUCUGAGAGACUCACGAGAUCAUUACGAGGAGCUCAAGCAGAUUGAUGAUGCCAUGACUGAGGCACAGAAGAAAAAAACAGAAAAUAUGUCAUUAGGAGGAAAGAAGAAAUAAGCUUUGGGGCGAGCUCAGUGAUACUAUGGAUCUUGCUUUCUGGCCCGCUUCCACAGAGCGCCGGUCUAAGGCUUUGAUAAGAUUCUCCAUUCAGUGGUCUUCCCUGAAGCUGAAGUGGUGUUCAGUAUGGUUUCUCAGUGCUAAAUCCAAAGAGACAUCAGAACUACUCAGGCUUGUAGAACCGUGACAAGGGUUCUCUCAACAUAGCUGCGAACAGAUAGACUGGUUGCCUGUUGGUCUGCUAGGUUUUUCUCUUCUUCCAUUUUUUUGUGCUGUUUUAAGUUUUUUGUAUUGCAGUGUUCCACUGGGAAGUCUGUUAGAGGAUACAAAUAGCAUUUAUUAUAUUGUAUGAAGUCGAUUAAUGUUACAAAUGAGGCCAGACUGAAGGCAAAAACAUGACUACAGCUAUGAUGUAUACCUAUUGGAAAGUGCUUCUUAAUAGCUGCAGAUUUGUUCACAAUAUAAUAUGUUUCAUAUUGAUUGACUCCUAUAAACUAUGGAGCAGUGUAGAAACACCUAACAAUAUGUCUGGAUUUCUUCUGUAUUUUGACUUAAUUUUAAUAGUGAUUGCAGAAUAGAAUCCAUAAUGGUGUUUCAGAUAAAUUAUCAAUGAGUGUGGGAAUUUUUAAAAAUCAACAAAAAGGCAUUGAGUCAUGCAUGAACUUUCUCCGUAUAUGAUAUAUGAUAUAUGGGUUUGAAAUCCGUGAUUUACAUUUUAGAUUGUACUGCACUUGUUUUACAUCCAAAUAGUAAUCUGUAUUCAACACAUAUAUAUUUUUUCUUAUAUUAUUUACUGUUGUCAUUAACAUUUUUUUUAAGUGACUACUCUGGGCAGCACAAUAAAGUCUCUCUAAUGAGUUCUUCCAGUUCUA